UGUAGCAAAAAAAGGAACACCACGUACUGUGUAUAUUAAUUCCCAUGGGCACAUAGCACCACUUGCUUUCUUCUCUUCCACUCCCAUCGGCACUUCAGCAGCCCGCAAAUGGCGAGCGCAUCGGCGCUUGCUGGUGCCCGCUGCCGGCGGCAAGCAACCAGUCAGCCAAUCAAAGCGUCCAAGGCUCCAAGCCUCCAAGCGUCUCCAAGCGCAGCAGGCAGGCCCCAACCCAACGCGAGACAUUUGUUUCUUGGAGGAUUAUGUCUACAGGAAAUAGAAAGUAUGAUUCUGGUUCUGAAAAGCGUAAAAAGAAGCAAAGAUUAGAAGCAGCUGCUCAAUCACAAAAGGGUGCUCUUGAUAGAUUGUUAGAGAAACUCCAGAAGCUAAUUUUGAUGAUGGUCAUAGUCAUGAUCAUGAUGCAAUACAAGUUGAAACUCCCGCUGUAGAAACUCUAGAAGCUAAUGUUGAUGAGAGUCACGAUCAUGAAGAUAAUGUUGCUGAAGGUCCUAGUAAUAGUGGCAAUGGCAUCGGUAACUCUUUCUAGCCUGAUAUAUUUGCUCCAAUAACUCAAUAACACUUGAAAAUGAUACGUUGGAGAAGAUUUGUUAUCAAGACAUAAUUGAAGAUUUCAUUUCACAAAAUACUAGAUGGAUGAUGUUGUUCGGCAGAACACGAGGUCCAAUCUUCCUUGUCAGCACAUUUUUGCAAACGUGGAUUGGCCAGCGUGGACCAAGCCCCUGCACAGGCGCACGUGAUGGGCACGAGAAGAAACUUUGGACCCUGGAUUUAUGCACCUUGGUCCCUGCUUUCUUCCCCCUAUCCUUUCUGCUCGGGGGUUCUUCGUCGCAUGCGGGAAGCCAAGGGUCGGUGAGCGACUGAGCGGGAGGGAGGGGUCUUCAUCGGCGGUGAUUGAGGGCUACACUUUAGAAGAGGGAGGUGAAGUCGGCCCCUGCAUCUGAUUUGGAGGCAAAGGUGCAUUGGCGUCAGUGAGGGAGCACCACGAUGGUGCUGAAGCUGCGGUGGCAAGGGGAGCCUCCCCCAAAUUAUGGUGCUUGUAGUGACAAGUUCUUAGUGGAGGUACAUCAUUCUGGGUUUUUUAUAGGUCAUGGCAGUCAGUGUGUUUAUGCAGAUGAGAAAGUGAAUGUGUUCGACAAUCUAUCAGCACGUACUUGGUCUCCACUGUGGUUCGAAAAGUUGAAUUUCGCUCUUCAUUAUCCCAAGAAUCCUGCUCUGAAUGUGUUCUGGCUGCUUCCUGGAAAAGAGUUUCCAGGUGGACUUAGACUGAUUGUAUCAAAGAAAGACACAACAAUAAUGGCUGCAAUCGUGGACAAGGUGAAGACAUUUGUGUUGUAUUUUGAUCAUGAAGGUUGUGCAUUGAAAUCAGAUUGGGAUGAUGUAGUUCUUAACCCUGUUGCGUCAUUGCCCAAAGUGAUCAUCCCUACUAAGUUUGGCAAUACACAUGACAACAAUGAGGCAGCAACCUUCGUGAAUCAGAACUUAUCUGAUGACAGCGAUAGCAGUGAUGUCAGUGAGCUUUUUGAUAGUGACUAUGAAAUAGGAGAUGAUGAUGCCCUAUUUGCUGACAAUGUGGAUGAUGAUGUCAGAGAUGGAGUUGUAGGCAGAGGAAAGAAAAGAGGAAAUGGGACCAAGAAGGCAGGUGGUACAACAUAUGAGGGAAAACAAAUAGUUGUGCAUGGUGGUACUGAAGAUGAGGAGUCAACUGAUGAUGAGGAUGGGCUGCAGUUACCUGAGUCAGAUGGUGAAUCAAAUCUAGGUUUGAUGUCCAAGUCUUUCAAACCAGAAGACAUGCUAAAUCCAGUGUUCAAAGUUGGGAUGACUUUUGAGUCGGUUGAAAUGUUAAGGAAAGCUGUGACUGAAUAUGGUCUGAUUCACAGAGUAGAUAUCAAGAUGCCUAGGAAUGAGCAGAAAAGGUUAGGGGCUGUGUGUUCCAAAGGGAAAUGUCCUUGGAAGUUACAUGCAUCAUAUGACAAGAGAGUUCAUGCAAUGGUGAUUAAGACUUACAGUGGACACCACAACUGUCAAAAGAAAUGGGUGUUGAAGAGUUGCACUUCUAAAUGGCUUGCUGACAAGUAUGUUGAAUCUUUCAAAGUCGAGCAGAAGAUGUCUAUAUCCAACUUUGCAAGAGUAGUGCAGAAAGAAUGGAAUCUUACACCUACUAGGUCCAAGUUUGCUCGAGCAAGAAGGCUGGCUAUGAAACAAAUCUUGGGUGAUGAGGCAAAACAGUACAACAUGCUAUGGGACUAUGCACAUGAGUUAAGGAAAUCAAACCCACAAAGUUCCUUCUACUUAAAUCUUGAUGGAAACCUUUUCAAAUCUCUGUAUGUGUCUCUUGGAGCAUGCAAAAGGGGUUUCCUAGCUGCAUGUAGGUCUCUCAUUUGCUUGGAUGGGUGCCACUUGAAGACUAAGUAUGGGGGAAUCAUGCUUACAGCUGUUGGUAUUGAUCCAAAUGACUGCAUUUACCCCAUUGCAUAUGGUGUUGUUGAAGUGGAGUGCCUAGAGUCUUGGAGGUGGUUCCUGCAAACACUGAAGGAGGACCUUGGCAUACAAAACACAUAUCCUUGGACAAUUAUGACUGACAAGCAGAAAGGGCUGAUUAAAGCUGUGGCUGAAGUGUUCCCAGAAUCUAAACACAGAUUCUGUGUUAGACACUUGUAUUCCAACUUCCAGCAGCAUUUUAAAGGUGAGAACCUUAAUAACCAACUAUGGGCUUGUGCUAGAUCAACUACUCCCCUGCAGUUUCAUAAGAACAUGGAGAAAAUGAAAGUGCUUAAUGAGAAAGUGGUUAGAAAAAAUGCCUCCUAACACAUGGUGCAGAGCAUUCUUUACUACAUAUUGUAAGUGUGACUUGCUGCUGAACAAUAGUUGGGAGGUUUUCAACAAUUUUAUCAUAGAUGCCAGAGAAAUGCCUGUGCUGAGCAUGUUAGAACAAAUUAAGGGACAGUUGAUGGCAAGACACUAUUGCAAAGAAAAAGAAACGGGAGAAAUGUGGCAGGGUCCUAUUGGUCCUAAAAUUAGGAAAAAGGUUAACAAGAUAACUCAGUGGUCUAACACAUGCUAUCCCAUACCUUCUGGUAAAAGAAUUUUUCAAGUUCAAGAUAGGGACCACACUUUCAUUGUUGACAUAGGUCUUAGGGCAUGCGAGUGUAGGAGAUGGGACCUAACAGGGAUACCUUGCUCACAUGCCAUCUCAUGCCUUAGACAUGAAAGAAUACCUACUGAGUCUAUGGUGCAUGAAUGCUACAGUUCAGCAAGGUUUUUGUUAGCAUAUGGGCCCAAAAUCAUGCCUUGCAGUGAUCCCACCACUUGGGAGAAGGUCCCUGGACCAGAGGUGCUGCCCCCCAAGUAUGAGAAAAAAGUUGGAAGGCCCCCCAAUAAUAGGAAGAAGCAGCCAAUAGAAAUUGAAACCACUCAAGGAACUAGAUUAUCAAGGCAUGGGGUCAGCAUGACAUGCAGCUAUUGUGGAAAGGAGGGUCACAACAUGUCAGGAUGUGCUCUCAGGAAAUCUGGGUUGCAGCCACAAGACAAUGUGCCUAGUGCUAGUGUGGAACCAACAGAAGAUGGAGCCCAAGAUUUUGGAUUUCAUUAUGAUGCAAACAUGUAUGGAGAGCCACCAAUUUCUAAGAUGGCAAUGUAUUAUGGAGAAAGGAUUGAGGAACCAUUUUCUAUGCUGGUACGAGAAAGCCAUCCACCUUUGUCACAGCCAACAGGAGGCACUCAACCCACUUUCUCACAGCUAGUAGGAGAUACCAUGAUUUCAAGGCUGGAUGCAGAGGUGAACAUAUUUCCAGCUAGGUGAACACAUUUCUAGCUACAUUAAUGUAUUUGCACAUUCACUACGGGAGACAGCCCUUUUGCCAAGCCCCAAAAGCCCACGGCAAAAGUUUUGCCAUGUGCCGCACACGGCAAAGGGCACACGACAAAUAGCCAUCGGCAAAGGGCCCCUUUGCUGUGUGCAAUAUAUCGGGCACACAGCAAAGGCUUUGCUGUGUGCCUGGGCUGACCCACGGUAAUCUUUUUUGGCCGGCUGCCAAGCUGAUGUGGCGGGUGAUGUUUGGCAUGUGCCACCUGUGCCUGGCACACGGCAAAGGCUCAAUCUUUUCCGUGUGCCUUGGUCAUUGCACACGGCAAAGAUUGGUUCCUUUGCCGUGUGCCAUGGUAUUUGCACACGGCAAAGGUCCCUGAUUUUUUUUGUUUAUUACGUAUAUGGUACCCCAAAUAAUACAAACAAUUCACAUAUAUCACAAUAAUCAUCACAUGCAUUUCAAAUAAGCAUCAGAGGCAUUCAAUAUUAUCCAGAAAUGCACACAUACAAAUAAACUCUAGUACCGUUCAUCAACAACCACAAGUUCAAGUCUAGUCCAUACAAGUUCAUACGGCAAAGUCCAUACAAAGUCCAUACAAGCUUGUUCCUAGAAAUGAAUUCCAUAC